AUGGGUCUUCCCACCGAUUUUCUGGCUGCGGGUCCUUCCACCGAUUCCACCUCACCUCUUUCUAAGCGUCGUCGCUUUACUCCCAUGACUCUUCCUCCUAUCAUUCCCAUCACGGACAAUACGGACAUCGAACGUCAUACAUUCGACUCACCAUUAUUGCUUCAGCUCUGUGAGCAAGCUCCAGAUCAAGCUGAGAUCGAAGCUGGCCUCCUCCAAGUUGGUAUGCGGAUCCGGAAGUCUGUUGCUGAAGGGUACAAGACACAGAAGAAAUUCACCCCUCGGCCCUUUUUCAAUGUCAACAGGCUGUCUCCUGAGACUCAAGCUGCACUCGUCAACAGCAAUGCCGAGACCGCGAAUGAGCUUCUUCCUUACUCUGCCAGCCAAACUCAGCCCUUGAGCACUGCAACCUAUUGUGGUGUGAGUUUAGCAUUCAUGUCUCACUAUAGCGAGGACAUGUCUAGCUCCGAUAUUUCUGCACAGAGCCUGUGGUCAUACUCUACCAGCCAUAAGCGAGGAUAUGAAGUCGACUCAGACAGUGAUGAAAGUCAGGACUGGCAGCCUCAAACACCCACCUUGGUUGGUGAUGCCGCCGUGGAGAUGCCUGUGGACUAUUUCAACAUUGGAACUGACACUAUGAGUGAUGCCAGCUCUAUGACUCAACUUGGCGAUCGUGCUCGAUCGGGCUUCCAUGGUCGUCGUAUUAUGAUGCCGAAAAGCCGAAAUCGACCAGUUCAAUCGAUUGAACACCCAACACCCGCUUUUAAUCCGUUUUCUAAUUUCGCUGUUCAACAAGCAGAGCCUCAAUUUGGACAACACUUCGGCCAUAAGAGGAUGGCUAGCUGUGGAAUGGAAGCCAUGGACUUUGGAGAGGCCCCAUUUUUGUCACGACGUGAAGAUGUCGAAAUGGACUGCUCUUGA